GCUAGCUUGGGGUUGGCGGCCGGCGCAGGCCCAGUGUGCGCUGUGGCGUACGCUGCGCGGCUAAAGAUGGCGGCCUCCAGCUGGCUGCGAGCGGCCCUGCUGUUCCUCUGUGCCUCGGACCUUCUGCUGCUACCUCCCCCGGGGGCCUGCGCGGCGGAGACGCCCGAUGAGGCCACUUCAUCUCCACGGAAGAAGAAAAAGGACAUUCGCGAUUACAACGAUGCGGACAUGGCGCGACUUCUGGAACAGUGGGAGAAAGAUGAUGACAUUGAAGAAGGAGAUCUUCCGGAGCAUAAGAGACCCUCGGCGCCUGUUGACUUCUCAAAGAUAGACCCUGGCAAACCCGAAAGCAUCUUGAAAAUGACAAAGAAAGGGAAGACUCUGAUGAUGUUUGUCACUGUGUCAGGCAACCCCACUGAGAAGGAGACAGAGGAGAUCACCAGCCUGUGGCAGGGCAGCCUGUUCAAUGCCAACUACGAUGUCCAGAGGUUCAUCGUGGGAUCAGACCGUGCUAUCUUCAUGCUCCGGGACGGGAGCUAUGCCUGGGAGAUCAAGGACUUUCUGGUCAGCCAAGACAGGUGUGCUGAUGUCACUCUAGAGGGACAAGUGUACCCUGGCAAGGGAGGAGGAAGCAAGGAGAAAAAUAAAACAAAGCAAGAAAAGGGCAAAAAGAAGAAGGGGGGAGAGCCCAAAGUGCAGGCUUCCAAGGAAGACAACCGAGCCAGCAGCAGACGAGAAGACCUGUAGCUGCGGGUGCACCCCAGGAACAAGCAGGACAGGAGCACUCCUUGCGGUGGUAAGGCGGGUGGGUGCAGGAAGCGGCACACCGAUGGCAUUCUCCUGUCUUCUAGAGAGGGUCUGGGCAUGGUCCAUUGGACAGUUUCAUAGUUAGUGUAUGAAGGCAUCUUGUGUGAGGGCAGGCUUUGAGACUGAUGAUGGACACUGGCAAGCCAUGCAUACUGCAACAUACCUGACACAUACCUCUUACAUCUGGUGAGCCCUUGGUGCCCCAAAGCUCUGCUCCCUCUUUACUGCACCUGCUGUGGGCCAGUGGCCUGCUGUGUCUUUGUGUUGCAGGCUCCUCAGACAAGGCUUGAAAACUGAAGCCGGCGUUGAUGGUGCUGUCAGUGAGGGUGAAAGUGCUGAGGGACCAGUGUAGCUAGCUGUAUGCACAAGACUGGGGCAGCCAACCACCACACAGCAUGCAGACACUGCCACCUGGCAAUCCAAAGGAAUUCCUUCAUAUCCUCAGCCCUCCUCGGUUCUGGGAGCCUUUUAUGGGGCUUCCUAUGGCUGUGGAGUGUGGGGCUCUCUUCUGCCUCAGUGUGGAGGAAAGGGGUGCUACAAUGGAAGGCUCUAUGUAACCCUGAUUGCUGUAAAGUGCAUGAGGAAGGACCAGCAGAGUCCUCUGCAGGGCUGGCAGAAGACUCAGUGACCUCAUCUACAGUAUUUCUAAGCGUUCUCUGAUAAAGUGCCUAAAGUUGUGUUUUGUAUGGUACUCACAGUGUGCUGCUGUCUACAUCUCUGCUCUUCAUAGAUUGAAGCCUACUCCAAGAACAUCUCAACACAGAUGGCGUUUUUAAGAACUCAAUUCUUUAAAGCCUCAGUUGUGAUUUAAGAAAUUAUUAAUAGCACAUAUUCACGUACAUGCCUAGAAAGUGUCACCGUUAAAGAGUGGCACAGCGUGAAAGUGUUGCCCUGCUCUGCUGCCAGCCCUUGACCCAGUGGAACUACUGUUGAUCAUUUGUUUUUAAAAAAUAAAGUACGUUUACCGGCUUAGAA